GACCACCGAAUCGAGUUGGAACCAGCGCUCAACCGGGUCACCAUCAAGUCGCGUUACCCGAUCCCGCGAGCCGACGAACUUCUCGACCAACUUCGCGGCGCCAAGUUUUUCUCGAUAAUUGACUUGCGAGAAGGUUGCCAUCAGAUUCGCAUCGCCGCCGAAGAUUGUCACAAGACGGCAUUUCGAACCCGAUACGGCAAUUGUGAGCACCUAGCGAUGCCUUUUGGCCUCACGAACGCGCCCUCGACCUUCCAAAUGACCAUGAAUGGAAUUUUCAGGGAACUCUUGGACAAAUGCGCCAUCAUCUACCUCGACGAUAUAUUGAUCUAGAGCCGCAGCAGUCUACACGCUGCUGCACAAGAGUUG